AUGAAUCACUUUUGUACAACACCAUUCUGGAAUGAAAAUAUCACUAAUUCAUCAUAUCCAUAUGUUACUGAAUGUUUUCGAAAUACUGUUCUACAAUGGGUACCUAUGGGUAUUUUCUGGUUAAUUUUACCAUUAUGGUUAUAUGCAUUGGUUAAACAACAAAUGAAAUCACAAGUAAUACAAGUUUCUACUCUAUUCAUUACGAAAAUGAUUCUUACUACUCUAUUCAUUUUGAUUCAAAUCAUUCGUAUUAUUCACUAUGUCUUCUUAUCGAUGAAUAAAGAAGGACAUGCUAAUUGGUUUACACCAGUAUUAUAUAUAAUCACAGCAAUGACUAUUAUUUGGCUUAUAAAUUAUGAGCGUCUCAAAAGUGUCUUUGCUUCCGGUUUACUCUUCAUAUUUUGGCUAUUAGUUUCUCUAGCUUCUAUUCCUGAUAUUAUUCACUACAGUGUUACUAUAUCAUUAUGGAUAGUAUUUAUAAGUGUUUGGCUUCAUUUUUUAUUUGCAUUUGGUUUAUUUAUUACUAAUUGUUUUGCUGAAAAAUAUAUUAUUUCUGAUGUUGUACCUGAACUCUAUGUAAGUUUUCCAUCUCGAAUCUUUUUUGGAUGGGUAACACCAUUAAUUCUUCGAGGCUAUAAAAAGCCACUUACUGAAAAAGAUUGUUGGCAAUUAUCAAAAUCAGAACAAACUGUUACUGUUGUUCAUCAAGUACAAAACUUUAUGAAAGAUACAAAAAAUUCUUAUGAAGAUGAAUUAUCGAAUGAUGAAAAUCGAAAUUUACUUACUAACCUGCCAAUAGUUGAUAUAAAAAAAUCGUCAUCAAAACAGAAAAAAAGUGCUAUUUUUUGGCAUGCACUAUUUCGUACAUAUAGAGAUAAGUUAAUUGCAGGUGGUCUUAUACGACUUGCUCAUGAUCUUACACAACUCAGUGGUCCAAUAAUAUUAAAACUUGUACUUAAUUAUUUUGCUGAUUCAACAAAACCAUUAUGGCUUGGUAUUUUCUAUGCAAUUCUACUUAGUACAUGUAUCUUUUGUCAAAUUAUACUCUUACGAUCUUAUUUUCAAUGUCAAUUUCUUGUUGGACUUCGUUUUCGUUCUGCAAUAACAGGUCUUAUCUAUCGCAAGAGUUUAAAAUUAUCAAAUUCAUCGAAACAAGAAACAACUACUGGUGAAAUUGUUAAUUUAAUGGCAAUUGAUGCUUCUCGUUUUGGCGAAAUUACGACACAAAUGCAUAUUCUGUGGUCAGGUCCACUUCUAAUAAUUAUUACACUCGUUUUACUCUAUCGACAAAUGCAAUGGUCAAUAAUACCCGGUGUUGUAGUAUUAUUUAUUAUGAUUCCAAUUAAUCUAUUUUUACAGAGAAUGCAGAAGAAACUUACGUAUAAACAAAUGAUAGUUAAAGAUCAACGAAUUAAAACAAUGAGUGAAAUACUUAAUGGAAUAAAAGUUAUAAAAUUAUAUGCAUGGGAAAUGGCAUUUAUUCAUUCCAUUACACGGAUUCGUGAGAAAGAACUUGGCUAUAUACGACAAAAAGCAAUUGUUACUGCUAUUUCAAAUAUUCUUUGGACAUUUACACCAAUUCUUGUUGGUAUAGCAACAUUUGCUGCUUAUAUUCUUUCAUCGAAUGAAAAUAUUUUAACAGCUGAUAAAGCAUUUGUAUCUUUGGCAUUGUUUCAUUUACUUCGUGGUCCACUUAAUCAAUUUCCUAAUGUUAUUACCAGUGUUAUUGAUGCUCGUGUAUCAAAUAAAAGAAUUCAAAAAUUUUUAAAUAAUGAAGAACUUGAUGAAAAUGCUGUUAAUAAGAUAUCGAUUGAUUCGAAAUUAUUAGAUGGAAAUUCUAUAAAAAUUAAAAAUGGUUCUUUUCGUUGGUCAAAUGUCGUUGAUGAUCCAUUAAUUUUAAAAAAUAUAAAUCUUGAAAUUCAACAAGGUUCACUUAUUGCACUUGUUGGUAUGGUUGGUUCAGGUAAAAGUAGCAUUUUAGCAGCAUUACUUGGUGAAAUGAAUAAAGUUCAUGGAAAUGUAAGUAUCAGUGGAAAGAUUGCUUAUGUUCCACAGACAGCAUGGAUUAUGAAUGUAACAUUGAGAGAAAAUAUUCUUUUUGGACAAGAUUUUGAUGAAAACUUAUAUAAUCGAGUUAUUGAAGCAUGUGCUCUUAAACAAGAUCUUGAUAUGCUUCCUGCAGGAGAUCAAACUGAAAUUGGUGAAAAAGGUAUUAAUUUAUCUGGUGGACAACGUCAACGAGUAUCAUUGGCACGAGCAUUGUAUAGCAAUGCCGAUAUAUAUUUACUUGACGAUCCACUUUCAGCUGUUGAUGCACAUGUUGGUGCUCAUAUUUUCAAAAAAGUUAUAGGACCAAAAGGAUUAUUAAAUACCAAAACACGUCUUCUAGUUACACAUGGUGUAUCUCAUUUAAACAAAUGUAAUAAUAUUAUUGUUGUUUCUCAUGGUGAAAUUGUUGAUUAUGGAUUGUACAAUGAUUUAAUGAUUCGAAGCAAGAUUUUACAAGAUUUUGUUCAUUCUGUUGUUACUUCUGAUACAGAACAAUAUUCACGUCAAACAAGUACUACUGAAAGUUUAGCAAGUAUGCAUACAACAUCAACUGAAUUGAUUCAUAAUCCAUCUGAAAACGAUAUUCAACAUGAUGGAUCAACAGUAACUACUAUCGCAAUUGAAGAAGAAAUGAAAAAAAUUAUUCAAAAGGAAACUAUUCAGACGGGUUCAGUGAAAUUGAAUAUUUUUUCGAUUUAUAUUCACGCUUGUAAAUUAACUAUGGUUAUGUUAAUUACUCUUUUCUUCUGUUUAACUGCAUGUGCAUCUUUAAGUGCCAAUAUUUGGCUAAGCCAAUGGACAGAUAAAGCAAAAGAAAACAAUAAUACAUCAUCGAAUAAUCGAAUUCGAGAUAUGAAUAUCUAUUCAACAUUAGGUCUCAUUCAAGGAUUGUUUGCCUUUGCAAUGCAAUUAACUCUAAAGCUUGCUACAUAUAUUGCUGGUCGAAAGCUACAUUGGAUUAUUCUAAUUGGAGUACUUCACGCACCUAUGUCCUUCUUCGACACUACACCAAUCGGUCGUGUUAUCAAUCGUUUUGCUAGGGAUAUCGAUGCAGUUGAUUCAACAUUACCCGCUGCUUUUUCUCAAUCAUUUACUACACUUAUUACGGUUGUUACUACAUUAAUUCUAUUGAUCUAUGGAUCAUGGUUUGCUAUUAUUGCAUUAAUACCUCUUUCUAUUCUUUUUGGUUUUAUUCAACGCGUUUAUGUCUCAUCUUCUCGACAACUUGGCCGUCUCGAUUCAGUUACACGUAGUUCAAUUUAUGCAAAUUUUGCUGAAACAAUUCAAGGUCUUAGUUCAAUUCGAGCUUAUCAUGCACAACAACGUUUCAUUGAUGUAUCCGAUAGAUUUGUGGAUAGAAACAUAUCAUGUCACUUUGCUAGUUCUGUUGCUAACAGAUGGCUUGGUGUACGCCUUGAAAUGAUUGGUAAUACAUUAGUAUUUUUUACUGCUAUCAUUGCUGUGUUUAUGCCUGAUCGAAUGACAGCAGGUACUGUUGGUUUAAUGAUUACAUUUGCUAUGCAAAUUACGAAUUCUCUCAAUAUGCUUGUUCGUAUGUCAAGUGAUAUUGAAACAAAUACUGUUAGUGUAGAACGUAUCAAUGAAUAUGCAGAAUUAACACCGGAAGCUUCAUGGGAAAUUCCUGAGACAAAACCAUCAUCUCAUUGGCCUAAGAAUGGAAAUAUUCAAAUCAAGAAUUUAUCAACACAAUAUAGACAAAAUUUACCAUUGGUACUCAAAGAUUUGACUAUUGAUAUUCAACCUGGAGAAAAAAUUGGAAUUAUUGGUCGUACAGGUAGUGGCAAGAGUAGUUUAUGUUUAGCACUCUUUCGAAUUAUUGAACCUAUCAAUGGUACAAUUGUUAUUGAUAAUGUUGAUAUUCGUCAUAUUGAGCCCUUAUCUAAUCAAGAGUCUCCUGCUACUGUUGACUCAACAAUCAAAUCAAAUUCAGCUACAAAUCUACUUGAUCCACAAGCCACGGUUGAUGUCUCUGAUGAUUCGCCAGCGACCUCCUCUAGAAUCAUACUAUCUCCUAUUAAAGGAGCUGUUUUGUUUGCUAUAUUUACAUGUAUAGUGAUGCUUAUUGGAAUUCUCAUAGUAUAUUUCAACUCACCAAAACCACCAGGUAAACUAUGUACAAUCACUUUAAAAUCAGAAGCUCAAAAUUCUAUAAGUGAUGAUUCUCAUCCACAAUCUAUUGCCAUUGGUGAUUUCAAUAAUGACAUUCGUCCGGAUAUUGUUGUUUCAAAUUCAAAUACAAAUACUAUCGGUGUAUUUCUUAGAAAUGACUCUCAUUCAUUCAAAGAUCAACAAACAUAUUCGACUGGUUAUGGUUCACUUCCAUAUGCAGUUAGUGUUGGUGAUUUCAAUAAUGAUCAACGAUUGGACAUAGCUGUUGCGAAUUUUGGCACAAAUAAUAUUGGUAUCUUUCUUGGUAUCGGCAAUGGUCAAUUUAGAUCUCAAAAAAUAUUUACUACGGAAUCAUCUCGACCACGAUGGAUUGCUGUAGGUGAUAUCAACAAUGAUACACAACUUGAUCUAGUUGUUGUUAACUACGGCACUAAUGACGUUGGAAUUCUUUUAGGAGAUGGUUAUGGUAAUUUUGGAAAGCCAGUCGUUUUUUCUACUGGUUUUGACUCUAUGCCAUAUUUUCUUGCCAUUGCUGAUCUUGAUAAUGAUGGUUAUCUUGAUAUAGCAGUAGCUAAUCACGGCACCCGUAACAUAGGUCUAUUUUUUGGCCGUGGUAAUGGAACAUUGACAAAUCAAAUCAUAUUUAAUAUUGGUAUUAGUUCUUACCCAUAUUCGAUCGCUGCCGAUGAUUUAAAUAAUGACACAUAUAAGGAUAUUGUUGUGGCAUGUUCUGGUUACACAAACAGUAUUCAUGUUUUGUUAGGCUUUGGAAAUAGAACUUACGCGAAUUCAAAUAAUUAUUUAAUUGGAAAUAGUACUUCAUCGGCUGUAUCAGUAGUAAUUGGUGAUUUCAAUAAUGAUGAUAUAUAUGAUAUAGCUGUAAAUAAUUAUGCUCAUGAUAGUAUAAGUGUAUUUUUUGGAUCUGGCGAUGGAAUUUUCUUAGAUGAAGCAACAAUCUAUAGCAGUUAUGGUUCUAAACCAUAUGCAAUAAUCGCUGGUGAUUUUAAUAAUGAUACUCGAUUGGAUCUUGCUGCAGUCAAUUAUGAUUAUAACUAUAUAGAUAUCAUUCUUGUAUAUAGAAACUAUAGUUUCUUAAGUCAAACUAUAUACCCUACAAGUGAUAUUGAUACUCAACCGAACUCAAUUGUCUUUGCCGAUAUGAAUAAUGAUCAUCAAUUAGAUAUUGUUGUUACUAAUUUUUGGAGUGACAAUAUUGGUAUAUAUCUAAAUGAAGGAAAUAAUACUUUUUCAAAUCAGACUACAUAUUCUACUAAUAGUGAUUCCGGCCCAUCUUCAGUUAUUACUGGCGAUUUUAAUAAUGAUGAUCAAUUAGAUAUUCUUGUUACCAAUCAAAACCUUCGUGCUAUAGGUAUUUUUCUAGGAAAUAGUAGUGGAAUAUUUUCCAACCAAACUACUUAUUCAAUUAACGCACAGCCAGUUUCUGUUGCUACUGGUGACUUCAAUGAUGAUAAUCGUCCUGAUGUUGUCAUCGUAGAUUCGACCAGUAAUAUUAUAGGUGUUCUUCUGGCACUUGAAGAUGGUACAUUCUCUAGUCAAACUACGUAUUCAACGGGUAAAGAUUCUCUGCCGUCUGCUAUUACCAUUGGUGAUUUUAAUAACGACAAACAAUUGGAUAUUGUCGUUGCCAAUUAUUUGGGUAGAAAUAUAGGUAUUUUUUUUGGAUAUGGAAAUGGAAGUUUUUCGAGUCAACAGACAUAUUCAACUGGCCAAGAUUCUAGUCCAAUAUCAGUUGUUGCAAGUGAUGUAAAUGGUGACAAAGUACUUGAUAUCAUUGUUGCCAAUUAUGAUAUGAAUAAUAUAGGAAUUUUAUUCGGAUAUAGUAAUAUUAGUUUUUCUCUUCAAUAUAGCUAUUCCACUGGAAAUAAUUCUAAUCCAUAUUGUAUCAUUGUUGAUGAUGUUAAUAACGAUACAAAUCCUGAUAUUAUCGUUGCCAAUUAUCAGAUUGGUAAUAUCGGUAUUUUUCUUGGAAAUCAAGAUGGUACUUUUUCUAUUCAAACAACUUAUUCAACUGGAAUUACAUCAAAUCCAAAAUCGAUUACUAUUGGUGAUGUAAAUAAUGAUGGUUGGGCAGAUAUUGCUGUGGCAAAUUAUGGCGCUGCGAAUAUAGGUAUUUUAUCUGGAUAUGGGAAUGGUAGUUUUACUGAUCAAAAGACUUUGUCAAGCAAAAGUGGUACCACUCCAUUUUCUCUUGCCAUGGGAGAUUUCAAUAAUGACAAUCAACUGGAUAUUAUCGUUGCUAAUUAUCAAGGCAACAAUGUCGAUAUUUUUUUUGGUUAUAGUGAUGGGAGUUUUGGAGAUCGUCGAAGUUAUUCGACUGGUAGUGAUUCAAAACCAUUUGCAGUCGCCACUGCAGAUUUUAAUAAUGAUAAUCAAUUAGAUUUUGUCGUUGCUAAUCGUGAGAGUAAUAGUAUAAGUAUAUUUUUUGGAUAUGCUAAUGUUACAUUUUCUCUGCAAGGCACCUAUUCAACUGGCAGUGAUUCUGAACCAUAUACUAUAGCGAUUGGUGACUUAAAUAAUGAUAAACGAUUAGAUGUUGUUGUUGCUAAUGCUAAAGCUGACAAUAUUGGUAUUUUUCUUAAUUAUGACAAUGGAUCUUUCUCAGCUCAACAGACAUAUUCAACUGGUGAUGGCUCUUUUCCAAUAGAUGUUGCCAUUGAUGAUUUUAAUAAUGACAAUAUAUUGGAUAUUGCCGUUGCCAAUCGUGAAACAAGUACUCUAGGCAUUUUCCUUGGACAAAAUAAUACUAGUUUUUCGAAUCAAACCUCCUAUUCAAUUGGUAUUGCUACUUCACCAGGAGGUUUGGCCAUCAGUGAUCUCGACAAUGAUGGUUAUCUGGAUAUAGUCAUUACCGCUACUUAUGCAAGUUGUAUUAAUAUUUUUCUUGGAUAUGGGAAUGGAAAAUUUUUCCCUUCAGACAAAUAUCUAACUGGUGGUGGUUCUCGACCUGGCUCAUGUACGAUUGCAGACUGGAAUCAUGACAAUGUACAAGAUGUGAUUGUUACUAACUGUGUCACGAACACCAUAGGCGUGCUCGUUGGAUUUGGUGACGGAACUUUUUCCAAUGCAAUAACUUAUUCAACUGGUUCAAAUUCUUGUCCAAAUUCGAUUGUUGCUGGUGAUUUUAAUAAUGACAGUCUAUUGGAUGUUGUUGUAGCUAAUUCCGGUGCCGCCAACAUAGGUGUUUUCUUAGGAUCUACAUAUAUGGAUGGUGUUCGUGAAAAUACAUAUUUCACUGGAUCCUCUCCACAUCCUGAAGUUGUUGGUGUUGGUCAUUUUAAUAAUGAUACAUAUUUGGAUAUAGCCAUAUCAAAUUAUGGAUUAGGAACUGUAGGAAUACUUUUAGGAUCUAUAAACGGAACAUUUCCAUUACAAACAAUGUUUUCAACUGGUACUCUAUCGUAUCCAACUUCGAUUGUCAUUAGUGAUUUGGAUGAUGAUAGUCAAUUAGACAUUGCAGUGACUAGUUCGGGUGGUGAAAGUGUAGGCAUUCUAUUUAGUAAUGGAAAUGGUAACUUUCAGGAUCUAAAUAUAUAUCCGACGGGACUCGGCUCUAUACCAUCUUCGAUAACCAUUGGUGAUUUCAAUAAUGAUAAGAAACUUGAUCUUGUUAUUGCAAAUUCAGGCACAAAUACUGUGCAAACACUUUUGAAAUAUAAUAUUGAAGCAUUUAGGACACAAAAACGGUAUUCUACUAGUAGUCAGUCUGCUCCACAAGUGGUGCUCGUCGGUGAUUUUAACAACGAUAGUCGAUGGGAUUUUGUUGCCGUCAACACGGGUCUUAAUAACAUAGGUGUUUUUCUAGGAUUGGAGAAUAAUACCUUCUCAAAUCAAAAAACAUAUACGACUGGUGAAAAGUCGUCACCAUAUGCAGCCGUAGUUGCUGACGUUAAUAAUGAUAAUUACCUAGAUAUUAUUGUAACCAAUUAUUGGAAUGAUAAUGUCGGUGUUUUCCUUGGUUUUGGUGAUGGUAAUUUUGCAGAUCAGCCCUUCAUUACAUCGACAAAAUCGGUUUUUUUUUUUGGAUAUGGCAAUGGCAGUUUUCCUACGAUGAGCACCUGUUCAGCUGGCAGUCAUGUAGGACCAAUAUCUAUUGAUGUUGGCGAUUUUAAUGAUGAUAAUAACCUAGACUUUGCAGUUGCCAAUUAUUUGCAUGACAAUAUAAAUAUUUUUUCUGGAUAUGGUAACGGAAGCUUUUCAAUGCCUAUUCCCUAUUCGACUGGCCUUAAUUCCAAUCCAACAUGUAUUCUCGUCGCUGAUUUAGAUAAAGAUAGUAGACUGGAUAUCAUUACAGCCAAUUCAGGUGCAAAUAAUAUUGGUGUCUUGUUUGGACGAGGAAAUAGUACUUUUUCUGAACUAAAUACUUUUUCAACUGGUACUGGCUCAGCUCCAAAUGCAAUCGCCAUCAUGGAUUUUAAUAAUGACAAUCAAUUAGAUAUUGCUGUUGCUAACUACGGCAGUGAUAACGUCGGAAUUCUUCUCGGAUGUAUCAAUGGCACUUUUUUCAGUCAAUUGACUUAUCCGACUGGUGACUUUUCGUCGCCUCUGACUAUCGCUGUAGCAGACUUCAACAAUGAUAGUUAUCUGGAUAUUGUUUCGUCUAACUCUGGCACUGAUUGCAUUGGUAUGUUGUUGGGAUAUGCUACCGAAGACUUUUUAAUUGCACCACCUUAUUCAACUGGAUCUUUGUCGCAACCACUAUCUCUUGUAGCUAAUGAUUUCAACAAUGAUACCUUCUUGGACGUCGUUGUUGCUAACAAUGGUACAAAUAAUAUAAUGAUUCUAUUUGGAUCAGGUUAUGGUACUUUUAGCAGUCAAGUAAUAUAUUCAACUGGUAUUACUUCUCAUUCAUGUUCUGUAGCCAUUGGUGAUUUUAACAACGAUCAUCGUAUGGAUAUUGUUGUUGCAAAUUCUGGCGAAGAUAACAUUGGUAUUUAUCUUAGUAAUGGUAGUGGCACGUUUCUAGAUCAAACAACGUAUUUUACUGGUCUUCGUUCUCAACCAUAUUCAGUUGUUGUUGUUGAUUUCGAUAACGAUACUCGAUUAGACAUUGCUGUAGCUAACUAUGGUUCUAGUAGUAUUGGCGCUUUUUUCGGGUAUGGAAAUGGAAGUUUCGCUAAUCAACUAAUAUUUAAUACUGGUUAUCGUUCACAUCCAUUUGCACUUGCUAUCGGUGAUGUUAACAAUGAUAAUCUAACAGAUAUUAUUGCUACUAAUAAUGGAUAUGCAAGAGCUGCUCGAUUACGAGAUUUUUUUUUUGUUGUUGAUGGUGGUUUUGCAUAUGCUCAUGUUCGACAUUCAUAUUUUUUAGCACUUGUUCAAAGAGUAUUUCGUUAUUCUAAAAAUAUUGAUCGUUUCCAUUCACCAGCGUAUAUUAUGAUAAGUGAUCUAUCAGAUAAUUUUCAAACGUCACGUUAUUCGUUACUACAUGAACAUUCAACUUAUUUUCAAUCAACAAGAGAUCAAUAUAUUGAUUUAUUUGAUAAAGAUCGUUUAGUUUAUUUAACACCUGAUUCACCAAAUAAAAUGACACAUUUUGAUCAUAAUGCUGUUUAUAUUGUUGGAGGGAUUUAUGAUGAUCAAAAUAAAGAACCUUUAACAUAUGAAAAAUUACCAUUAGAAAAAUAUUUUACGGAAGUUAGAAUAAAAUUUUUAUUCUUAUACAUACAUAUAUGA